AUGUACACCCAAAAUCAAAGCACUGUCAUGGAGUUCAUUUUUCUUGGAUUUGCGGUGGAUCCUUUAGUACAGAUUUGGUUGUUUCAUAUUUUCCUGGUCUUUUACAUGACCACACUGACUGGAAAUCUCCUUCUCAUUCUGGCUGUGAGGACUGACAAACGUUUGCACACCUCCAUGUAUUUCUUCUUGUCUAGUCUCUCUUUCUUGGACAUCUGCUACACUUCCUCCAUUGUACCCAAAAUGUUAGUACAUUUCCUUUCACCUAAAAAGAGUAUUUCCUUCACAGGCUGUGCUCUCCAGUUUUGCAUUGCCCUAACUAUGGGGCAAACUAAGUGUCUGCUUCUGGCAUUCAUGGCCUAUGACCGAUACGUUGCUAUCUGCAUCCCUCUGCGUUACAAUAUGAUGAUGAACACAACUGUUUGUUUUUGGAUGAUCAGCAUGUCCUUGUUGAGUGGUUGCAUUGCUGCAUCUUUUGAAACAUAUUUAACUUUCAGACUAAUAUACUGUGGCCCUAACACCAUGAACCACUUUUUCUGUGAGCUCCCUCCAUUGCUUCGGCUCUCUUGCAGCGACACCUCAGCAAUCAAUAACGCAAGAUUGGUUUUCCUCCCCUUUAUGCUUUUCAUCCCGCUUUCAUUAGUCCUGAUUUCAUACAUCCGAAUCGUAACUGCUGUCAUGACAAUUCGUUUGGGAAAGAACAAAGCAUUUUCCACAUGUAUUUCCCACCUUGUGGUGGUGGUCAUUUUCUAUGGGACAGCCAUAUUUAUGUACACUAAACCUGAAAAUGCAGUCACAGAGGACACAGACAAAAAGGUGGCAGUAUUUUACACGGUGAUCACCCCGAUGAUCAACCCAUUGAUCUAUAGCCUGAGGAAUAAAGAUGUUCAAAAAGCCAUGAAGUCGUUGAUAAGAGCUUAG